GUUUAUUUGAAUGUAUUUGUGUUUGUGUAUCGGUGAAAAUGUCAAACGGCGAUUUUUCCUUUAUCCUCUGAAAAACGCGAUUCAAUUAUUUUGCCAUUUUUCUGUGUUAAAUAAAAUAAUUAUGUAGAUAAUAGAAACACAGGUGUGGGCCUAGUAAGGGCAUCAAUACUAUACCUAUAAUACUCACAAUAAACUACCAAAGAUUAGCUGAGCCAGUCUCGGAAGAGGAGGAAGCCAGUUUGGACACCAAAGAAAAUUAGGAACAGCGAAAUGUUUGCCAUUUAAUCGUUGCUGGAAUAUUUAGUGUUUUUUUUUAAUUUGACGUGAUAAAAUUAGUCACAACAAUUUUAGUGAACAAGUGAUAGUGAUUCGGCUAUGGGAGUCUACAAUGAAAUGGGCUCCCGCUACCUUAUUUCAAAUCGACGAUCCCUGAUCACAUUAAUUGUGGGCAUUGUGGUGGGAUUUUCCAUGGCGGCUAUUUUCAUCUCAUCUUCCACUCCGGGAAGAAUUUAUUGGUUGCCACUAAACGGAGGGACUGAACACAAGCAUCGAGAUGCUCACACAGGAAGUGAUCUGACAGAUGAAGCUGGACCUGAAGUGGAAGUGCGAUUCCAUGGAGAGCACGAUGAGGCUCAUGCUCUGGAGAACAAGACUCUCUCGGAGAAAUUAUACAAAGAAGUACGGGUACUCUGUUGGGUUAUGACAAAUCCAGCAAAUCACAAAAAGAAAGCUCUUCAUGUGAAGAGGACAUGGGCAUCAAGAUGCAACAAAAUGCUGUUUAUGAGUUCCAAAGAAGAUACGGAAUUGGGGAGUGUGGCAUUGCCCGUUGGUGAAGGACGUAAUAAUUUGUGGGCGAAAACGAAAGAAGCAUUCAAAUAUGUUUAUAAGAACCACUUCAAUGAUUAUGAUUGGUUCAUGAAGGCUGACGAUGAUACCUAUGUGAUUGUGGAGAAUCUGAGAUUUAUGCUGUACAAAUACUCUCCGGAGCAGCCCAUAUAUUUUGGCUGCAAAUUCAAGCCUAUCGUUAAACAGGGAUAUAUGUCAGGAGGCGCUGGAUAUGUCCUCAGUAGGGAGGCACUCAGACGCUUUGUCACUCAAGCCAUUCCAGAUAAAGAAAAGUGCCGUCAAGAUGGACGUGGAGCCGAAGAUGCGGAAAUUGGGAAAUGCCUGGAGAAGGUUAAUGUGACGGCAGGAGAUUCCAGGGAUGCCGAAGGCAGGGGGAGAUUUUUCCCUUUUGUCCCAGAACAUCAUCUCAUUCCAAAUCAUGUGGACAAGGACUUUUGGUACUGGAAGUACAUUUACUAUCCCACAGAUGAGGGCUUGGAUUGUUGCUCAGACAAUGCCAUAUCCUUCCACUAUGUUUCACCAAAUGAGAUGUACGUUUUGGACUAUUUAAUCUACCAUCUAAGGCCAUAUGGAAUUAUAGCGUAUCCGCAGAGUUUACCGGAAAAGAAAGUUUUGGAUAAUCAAAUCGGAAGCAGUUCAACUAGUCAGCAGCAUGAAGUACAAGACAAACUUGAUACAGUAACAGGAGCCAAAGAUCACAACAGUAAUUCGUAAUUGAAAUUGAUGCCAUAAAUGAAGAGAAAUCGGUAGAUGAACCUUCAUAGGACUUUCUCAAAUCUUUCUCUAUAGAAAAAAAGAGUACUUCUCACUUCACUUUCUGCAUGUGUAUAUCAUGAUUUUUUUCGUAGUUUAGUUUAUUUAUUGAUGAUUAGUCUUAUUUGUAUAUCGAGAAAGUAAUUUUUUUUUUAAUUUAUUUAAGAAUCCGUGAUUUUGAGUUGCGCUUCAAAAAACUUUUUAAUCAAGCUUAUUUUUAGACACAAAAAUUAUGAAGUUAAAUUAUAACAUAUAAUUUUCCAAAUUAUUUAUUCAAAAAUAGUUGAAAAAAAUUGAUUAUCAUGACUAGGAAGAUUUUGUGAAAUUUUCUUAUUUAUAUUUGACAAAAUUUGAAGAAUAUUCAAAUUUCUUUUUUUGACUAUCUUUUAGUUUCUUUUAUUAUAAAUUCCAUUGUUCUAUAAAUUUUAGUUUAAAUUUAUGGGAAGUCUCAAGUGAGAUCUGCGUGAUUUUGAGUUUGUGUGUGCAUGUUAUAAUUAUGUCAGAUAAAAUAGAAACAUAGUCAUAACAUAAGAUGCAUUUAAUGUCUCAACUUGUUGUCUUUUUUAGAACAACUAUCUCAUAAAUGUAACCAAAUCGACAAUGCCAUUUAUAUGAAUAAAUGAAUUUCGAUAAUA